CCAGAACAGCAGUGAUCCUCCCUGCACAGAACAAGGUUCAGGACAAUGGAAGCUUUGAAUAAAGCAAACACAAGCUUUGCUCUCGACUUUUUCAAACAUGAGUGUCAGGAAGAUGGUGACAAGAAUAUUUUGUUCUCCCCUUUGAGUAUUUCAUCGGCCCUGGCUACUGUUUAUUUGGGAGCCAAAGGUAACACAGUAGAUCAGAUGGCAAAGGUACUUCACUUUAACAAAGUUGAAGGAGCCAGGAAUGUCAUCACAACCAUAAAAAUGCAAGUCUUUUCCAGAACAGAAGAGCGUCUAGCAAACCGAUGUACUUGUUUCCAGAAGACAGAAAUUGGCAAAUCGGAUAUUAUCCAUACUGCGUUUAAAGCACUCAACUUCGAAAUCAACCAACCCACUAAAAAUUACCUCCUUAAAAGUGUGAACCAGCUAUAUGGAGAAAAAUCAUUGCCUUUCAGUAAGGAAUACUUACAGUUAGUCAAGAAAUAUUACAGUGCAGAGCCGCAGUCAGUUGACUUUGUGGGAGCAGCAGAUGAAAUCAGAAGAGAGAUCAAUUCCAAAGUUGAACACCAGACUGAAGGUAAAAUUCAAAAUCUGCUGCCUCCUGGAUCUGUAGAUUCACUCACCAGGCUAGUCCUGAUAAACGCACUCUACUUCAAAGGAAACUGGGCAACAAAAUUUGAAGCUGAAGCCACCAGGCAAAGGCCUUUCAAAAUAAACAUGCAUACAACUAAACCAGUGCCUAUGAUGUACCUGAGUGAUAAGUUUAACUGGACCUACGUAGAAUCAGUCCAGACUGAUGUUCUUGAGCUUCCAUAUGUCAAUAAUGACCUCAGCAUGUUUAUCCUUCUACCAAGUGACAUCACCGGCCUACAAAAGCUAGAAAAAGAACUGACUUUUGAAAACUUGUCUGCAUGGACCAGCCCUGAACUGAUGGAGAAAAUGAAAAUGGAAGUUUAUUUGCCCAGGUUCACAUUAGAAGAGAAAUACGACCUCAAAUCUACUUUGAGCAGGAUGGGGCUACAAGACGUCUUCGUUGAAGGUCAAGCUGAUUUUACAGGAAUGUCAGAAAAUGGUGAUCUGUUUUUGUCACAUGUUUUUCACAAGUGUUAUCUGGAAGUCAAUGAAGAAGGCACAGAGGCAGCAGCUGCCAGUUCAGCAACACUGGCAUCACGAAGUCUUGGUGCUACUGUCAUUUUUGUGGCAGAUCACCCUUUCCUCUUCUUUAUUAGGCACAACAAGACCAAAAGUAUCCUCUUCUUGGGAAGAUUCUCUUCCCCAUAG